AUGAGUGAAGAACGCUGGGUCUCCCUCACUUCAGAAGAAUUUGACCAACUCCAGAAAUAUUCAGAAUAUUCUUCCAAGAAGAUAAAGGAUGUCUUGGCUGAAUUUAAUGAGAGUGGAAGCCUCAAACAAUAUGACUCACAUGAGACAAUUAGCUAUGACGUCUUCAAGCUGUUCAUGAGGGCAUACCUGGAGGUGGACCUGCCCCAGCCACUGAGCACACACCUCUUCCUGGCCUUCAGCCAGAAGCCCAGACAGGAGGUCCCUGACCACCCAAAGGAGGGGACCAGCAACAGUGAGGCCAGUGCCCCAGAUUCUAACAUACAGAAUGUGGAUAAUGCUGCCAAAGCUGAUGAGGCCUGUGCUCCUGAAACGGCUAUUACAGAAUCAGAGAUCACCGAGAAGCAAGUGCCAGCUGAAGACCAAGGGGCUGCACUCUCCCUGGGAAACCCUGUUGCUCAAUCUUUAGGCUCUCAACCCCCGACAGUGUACCUGAAGGAUGUCGUGUGUUACCUAUCCCUGCUGGAGACAGGGAGGCCUCAGGAUAAGCUAGAGUUCAUGUUUCGUCUAUAUGAUUCGGAUGAGAAUGGUCUCCUGGAUCAAGCGGAGAUGGAUCGUAUUGUCAACCAGAUGCUGCACAUUGCUCAGUAUCUUGACUGGGAUCCCACGGAGCUAAGGCCUAUAUUGAAGGAGAUGUUGCAAGGGAUGGACUACGACCGGGACGGCUUUGUGUCUCUACAGGAAUGGGUCCACGGAGGGAUGACCACCAUCCCAUUGCUGGUCCUCCUGGGCAUGGACGACUCUGGCUCCAAGGGGGACGGCAGGCACGCCUGGACCAUGAAGCAUUUCAAGAAACCAACCUACUGCAACUUCUGCCACGUCAUGCUGAUGGGCGUGAGGAAGCAAGGCCUGUGCUGCACGUACUGUAAAUAUACCGUCCACGAACGCUGUGUAUCCAAAAACAUUCCUGGGUGUGUCAAAACUUACUCAAGAACCAAAAGGGGCAGCGAGGUGAUGCAGCACGCGUGGGUGGAAGGGAACUCCUCGGUCAAGUGUGAUCGGUGCCACAAAAGUAUCAAGUGCUACCAGAGUGUCACCGCGUGGCACUGCGUGUGGUGCCGGAAGACGGUGGGUUCGGGGGCCAGGGGCACCACCAGAGUUGGCGAGGAAUUAGACACCAGAAUUAUGUUCCUCAAGGUGCCAGAGGAAGGCACAGUCUGUACAGCAGCCCCACUGCCUGGGCCAGAGUUUCACCGCAAAUGUGAAUUAUCCACAGUGUGUGAUGGUGGGGAACUCAAAGACCACAUCCUGCUGCCCACCUCGAUCUGCCCCAUCACUCAGGACAAGCAAGGUGGGAAGUCUGAUGGUGACGCGUCAGCCAAGGGUGAACUUGUAAUGCAGUACAAGAUCAUCCCCACCCCAGGUACCCACCCCCUGUUGGUCUUGGUGAACCCCAAGAGUGGAGGGAGACAAGGAGAAAGAAUUCUUCGGAAAUUCCACUAUCUGCUCAACCCCAAACAAGUUUUCAACCUGGACAAUGGGGGGCCUACUCCAGGACUGAACUUUUUCCGGGAUACUCCAGACUUCCGUGUCUUGGCCUGCGGAGGAGAUGGGACAGUUGGCUGGAUUUUGGAUUGCAUUGAUAAGGCCAACUUCACAAAGCAUCCACCAGUGGCCGUCCUGCCUCUUGGAACAGGAAAUGACCUGGCCCGAUGUCUCCGCUGGGGAGGAGGCUAUGAAGGGGGAAGCCUGACAAAAAUCCUGAAGGAAAUUGAGCAGAGCCCCUUGGUGAUGCUGGAUCGCUGGCACCUGGAAGUUAUCCCCAGAGAGGAGAUGGAGAACGGGGACCAGGUCCCGUAUGACAUCAUGAACAACUACUUCUCCAUUGGUGUGGAUGCUUCCAUUGCACACAGAUUCCACGUGAUGAGAGAGAAACACCCCGAAAAAUUCAACAGCAGGAUGAAGAACAAGCUGUGGUACUUUGAAUUCGGCACCUCGGAGACCUUCGCAGCCACCUGCAAGAAACUCCAUGACCACAUAGAGUUGGAGUGUGACGGGGUUGGGGUGGACCUGAGCAACAUCUUCCUUGAAGGCAUUGCCAUUCUCAACAUUCCAAGCAUGUAUGGUGGCACCAAUCUCUGGGGAGAAACCAAGAAGAAUCGGGCAGUGAUCCAGGAAAGCAGAAAGGUUGUCACUGACCCCAAGGAACUGAAAUUCUGCAUCCAAGACCUCAGUGACCAGCUUCUUGAAGUGGUGGGACUAGAGGGAGCCAUGGAAAUGGGGCAGAUCUACACUGGCCUGAAGAGUGCGGGCAGGAGGCUGGCCCAGUGCUCCUCUGUCACCAUCAGGACAAACAAGUUGCUGCCGAUGCAAGUGGAUGGAGAGCCCUGGAUGCAGCCACCUUGCAUGAUUAAAAUUAUUCACAAGAACCAAGCACCCAUGAUGAUGGGACCUCCCCAGAAGAGCAGCUUCUUUUCGCUGAGAAGGAAGAGCCGUUCAAAAGACUAA